ACGCAGCGAGUAACAGCACAGGACUGGUGCGAAAAUCUCUCGGAGAAAAAAAAAACACCACACCUAUUGUUAUCGAAAAGGACGGAGAUACAUGCUUCAGAUAAUUUAGGAAACACAAAAUACUGGUAGUUUCGUCUCAUACCCGAAAAAGCGUUUCACAGUGAGGGAUAUCAGGCGGCUGAAUUGUCGCGGUGGGGACUGCUGAGCGGUGGACUCAGAGCGCUGGAGUAGAGAAUCGCUUUCAGAACCUCGGACAGAGAGCGGCGCAUCAUGGCUCCUGUGGUCGCGGAAGAAGCCCAGUUCGUGGAGGUCCCGGUGAUGGUGGGUGUCGUCAGUGUCUUCGGCCUGGUGUUCAGCGUCUCCUUGUUUUCCUGGAUCUGCUGCCAGCGCAAGUCCACCAAGGCCAACAAGACGCCCCCGUACAAAUUCGUGCACAUGCUGAAGGGCGUGGACAUCUACCCCGAGAAUCUGAACAGCAAGAAGAAGUUCGGAGCAAACGAGAAGACAGACACCAAUGGCAAGCCUGCCACCAGCCCCACAGGGGGGCGAGCCUCCCUCCACCUGGAUCUGGAGAAGAGGGACCUGAAUGGUAACUUCACCAAACCGCCCCACCCCAAGGUUCGGAGCUCACCUGACCUGGAUCUGCCGUCUCCACACCCUGGCUUUGGCCAGGGGGGCAAGGAGCCAGGCACCCCAGAGAGCAGCUUCUCUAGCCAGGCCCCAACUCCAGCCGACAAGCCCCAGGACAAGGAGGGGGGCCUGGGCACCCUCUUCUUCUCCCUCGAGUACAACUUCGAGAAGAAGGCCUUCGUGGUGCACAUCAAGGAGGCCCACGGCCUGUCUGCCAUGGACGAGCAGUCCCUGACCUCCGACCCCUACAUCAAGCUGACCAUCCUGCCCGAGAAGAAGCACAAAGUGAAGACCCGCGUGCUGCGGAAGACCCUGGACCCCGCCUUCGACGAGACCUUCAGCUUCUACGGCAUCCCGUACGGCCGCGUGCCCGAGCUCGCCCUGCACUUCAUGGUGCUGAGCUUCGACCGCUUCUCCCGGGACGAGGUCAUCGGCGAGACGCUUGUCCCGCUGGCCGGCAUCGACCUCUCCGAGGGGCGUGUCCUCAUGAACCGCGAGAUCAUAAAGCGCAACCUGAGGAGGACCACAGGAAGAGGGGAGCUCCUGCUGUCUCUGUGCUAUCAGUCCACCACCAGCACGCUGACCGUGGUGGUGCUCAAGGCUCGUCACCUGCCCAAGACCGACACCAGCGGGCCCGCAGACCCCUACGUGAAGGUGAACCUCUACCAGGGCAAGAAGAGGGUGUGCAAGAAGAAGACUCACGUGAAAAAGUGCUCCCCGAACCCCGUCUUCAAUGAGCUGUUUGUGUUUGACGUGCCGUCGGAGGAGGGUCUGCGGGACACCAGCGUGGAGCUGCUGCUGCUGGACUCGGAUAGGACCGGCCGCAACCCCGUCAUCGGCCGGCUGCUGCUCGGCACCUCCGCCCCAGGCUCCUCCGGAGAGCACUGGCGUGAGAUCUGCGACCACCCCCGGAGACAGAUUGCCAAGUGGCACGCACUGGCCGAGGACUAGCUCCGCCCCCGGCAACUGCAGCCAACAAACUGUCACAACCCGCGGG